UUCUGAAACGCCUACCGAUUUCGGAAAGAAAUUCGAAAAAAGAAAAAAAUUAAGAAAAAAAAAUCAUCGCUUCAGAUCUAAGAGAGCGGUAUAUUCAAUUACACUCGACAUUCACCUCACCAAACGAGCGGUUCAAUCGGGGGUUUGUAGAGCAGCAAUCUGUUUAAUCCAAUGGUUAUAGGUAGCUGUUGAGAGCAUAUUGAAUUGGAUUGAAUGGAUAAUAACAAGAGUCGAGACGAUCUGCUCGCUGCCGGACGGAAAAAGCUUCAACAGUUCAGGAAGAAGAAGGAUAAUAAAGGAAAUAAUAGCAAGCCAUCGGGCAAAGGUGGUAAAUCUGGGCGUGAUAGGAAGGCAGACACAGUUUCUGAAGCAGCUGUGACAGAGCAAAAUGUUCCAGAUGGAGUAUUAUCCAAGCAUGAUGCAAGUGUAACUGUUGAUUUUUCAGAGUCAAGUUCUGGUGUGGUUGCAGAGGCAAGUGAUACAGCUACUGGUAUUUCCGAGCAUGAUGUAACAGGAGGCACUUCCAAUGACACAGCAGUAGAGCAGCAAAAUGAUGCAGAUGGAGAGAGAUUCAAGCAUGAUGCAGAAGAUACUACUGCUUUACCAGACUCAGUUUCUAGAGUGGAUACAGUAGCAUGUCUAUUGGAUGCUGCUGGAUUUCCAUCAGAGGGAUCGGGAAUGGAUAACACUAGUAAUGGAAAUGAUGUAUAUAUUAAGGCUUCCCUGGAGGAUGGAUCAUCUUCUCUGGUUCUUGAGGAUACAUCCAUUAAUAUUCCAGCAAUGGUUUUAGAAGAGAUGUCAGAAGAUUCCAGUUUACGUUUGCCCACUGAUUUUUCUUCUGGACUGGAGAGGGAGCAUGUGGAAGAGCAGGUAAAAGGUGUAGGGGCAAUGCAGGAAGUUGGCUGCUCCUUUUCCAGUGGAAAUCAAAUGGACUACCACAUGGCGAAUUUGCUUGAUGGAGAUAGUAUUCCUCCUUCAAAUGAUAUAACGGAGUCUAUUACAGACAGUAGGGAAGUUAAUUCAGGGAAUACUUUUGAUGAGGAGAAUAUCUCCGCCACCACACAACUCAACAAGAUUGACAGUGCAUCAUUGGCUGUUUCUGUUACCAAUUAUGCUGGAGAAGGUGAAGAGGCACAUGGACAUUCUUUUGGCACUUCUCCUUUAACUGAGUCCUCACUGGCGUCGACCAUAAGAUCUGCAACAAUGGGUCAAGAGAGAGAUGGUACGUCAUUUGGUUCAAAUGAUGAGAAAGCAGAGGCAGUUAGUGUCUCAGAUACAGAAGGUACUCAAGCAAGCUCUGGAUUUGUUGAGGUAGAAAGAUCUUAUGAGGUUGAAAAUAGAGAUACUGCAAAUGUGUUAGCAUGUAAACACGUAGACUUGUCAUCGAUUUUGAAUGGAAGUCUAGUCAAACUUUCCCAGCUUGCAGAAAUUUUACAGCUACUCGAUCAAGAUGAAUUCAGGUACAUAUUCGCGUCAAGAGAAUCAUCAGUUGAGAAACCUCGAAAUGCAGAUGAAACAACUGCCAAAGAAAUUGUGCAGUGCAGAAAUGAGCUUCAGGAGGUUGUAUCAGAGAAGGUAGAGCUCGAGAAUCAGCUUCAGUUAUCAAGAGCUGAGGCUGAAGUUUUUGCUGAUAAAGUUAAUGAAUUGCAGCAUAAACUAGAAAUGAAACAAGGAGAAAUGUCAACCAUAUUUUCUGAGCUAGUUGACUGCAGGAAUUUGGUAAAAGCCUUGCAAUCUGAAAAUGUGAACUUGAAUGAAAGUUUCGAAGUGAUGACUGAGGAGAAAAACAAACUUUCACAGGAGAGUAGGAACUUUUUGCUCGAAAAUGAAAAAAUCACCGAGGAAUUAUAUCAGCACAAAGUUUCUUUAGAGUCACUCCAGAAUUUGAUACAUGAUGACAGGAAAAGACUCGAGCAGGAAAAUAGUGGCAUGAUCAGUGAGAAUGGCAAAUUACUUGCUGAUUUGGCAGUGUGUCAGGAUACAGUGGAAGUUCUUAGGUUGGAAAACAAAAACAUAAAUAAGAUUUUGGCAUCUUUAUCAGAAGAAAGAAAAAAUCUCGAAGAGGAAAAAGUAUCAAUGUACCAUCAGUUUGGAAGAAUGUCAGAAGAAUUAAUUAACUGCAAAGAAUUGAUUCUAACUCUUCAAACAGAGAUCAUCACUCUAAAUGAGCGCAUCACAUCCAUAUGUAAUGAGAAGAGCAAGCUUGAAGAAGAGCAGAAGACAAUUUUCAGGGAGUAUGAAAAGCAAUAUCAUGAGUUGGUGGAGUUCAAAGUUCUGGAAGCAGUUUUGCAAGCGGAAUGUUGUAAGGCAGUGAAUGAUCUAAAAGAAGCCAGAACUUCCAUUAAGCAUCAUACUAUAGAAAACAAAUCCCUCUGCGCUGAUUUAGAGUUUCUCAAGUUUAAAAUAAAAGAAUUCGACUGUGAGAAAAUCUCAUCUCAGUUUGAUGAAGUUGCAAGUCAAGCUCUUAAGAAUGAUAGUGGUGCGUUACAUGAGCACAAAUCUUAUCAGUCAUCUGGGGAACAGACGAAAUUGGAUAUUUACAAUGACUCAUUUGGAUUUCUAUCACUAAAAAGGAACUUGGAGGAAGCAGGAGUUCUAGUGCAAAAACUUGAGAGGGAAAUUGACAGAAUGCACUUAGAUUCAUCUUCUUUGAGUAGAUCGAUGGAUGUUUCCCCUGGAGUGUCUCAAUUGAGUCAUACUUUUGAGCCAAAAGGUUACACAUAUAAGGAUGACCAAGAUUCAGACAUAUCCCCUUCAUCAGAAGGUCGCACAACUGAAGAUUCAUGCGUUAGAACAAAAAUGUUUGCACAAAAUCUCAAAAUAUUGCUCAAAGAGUUAGAAAAUGAUGCAGAGGAUGCCAGUGAAUUCUUUAGAGGUAUGCAGAGUAAACUGCUGUCUAAUGCCUCUAGAACAGAAUUGAGCAAGUAUUAUACUACAUUGAAAGAGCACAAUGAUCAAGUACAAGAAGCAAACAUAGAGCUUAUGGUUGUCUACGAGGCUAUGAGAGAGCUUAUCCAUCAUGUUAUUGCAAAAGAGAAUGAACUUCUUGGUCUAUGUGAUACCACGCAGAAGCAAGAAGCAGUUCUAAAAUCAGAGAACCAUCAUCUUCAAGAGAAGGUGAAUGCUUUUCAAGCUCAUAUUAAUGAGCUGCAGGUUCAUUUGGAGGGACACUGUAGAGACUCAGAUGAGAUGGCUGCUUCAAUUUCCAAUCAACUGCAAGUACUCCAGUCAGAAGUGGCUGACAGAGAAUUGAUUCUUCAAGAAGAACAGAGUUCUGUUUCAGCUCAGAUUCUUCAGACUGUUGGCCUGCUGGAUUCGACGACAAAGAAUAUUUCUGGCAACCCAUUUCCUAGUGGAAAUAGCAACCCUGAUAUUGUUGGCUGUGUUGCUGCUUCUGUUGAUGGUGCCUGCAAAGUGAUUGGGGGUUUGCAUGGUCAACUCGAGGCUGCGCAAAAGGAUUUUCACGAAAUGGAACACAAAACUAAUGUGGCUCUGAGCAUUUUGCAUCGACUUUACAGUGAACUUGUGAGGACAUUAUUUGGGUAUUACCCAGAUGCAGCAGAUGAAGUCGUAGCUGAUGAUAAAAAGCUGGAUCUUUUACAUCCUAAUUUUUUUGAUGACCUGUUGGACCAAUUGAAAAAUCUUUAUAGUGAGAAGUUGGAGCUCGAGUCUGCAAAUAAACAACUCAGUUCACAGAUGACUGACACAGCAAGGGAGACUGACGAACUGCAAAACUUAUGUCUGAAAUCAGAUACAGUUCUCAAGUUAAUUGGCGAGAUCGAACAAUCAGUAAAGUUGGAGAGGCCAGCUAUGUGUGAGGAUGAACCUGCCUUACUCCUGGAGUCUCUGAUUCAUUUGCUCGUACAGAAAUGCAGAGAAACUGGUCAGGACUCAAGCUUAUGUGUAUCUCUAGAAAUGCAAUUACAUGAUUUGCAGGGUGAAGUGGAAUGCUUGAACUUAUCUCUUAUGGAAUAUGGAAAUGAGAACCUGGUUUUUAAGCACAGUCUGAAGAGUGCUCAAGAGAUUAUUAUUGCUCUCAAUUCUAAAGUAAAUGAGAAAGUUGCUGAGCUAGAACUGUCUGAGCAGCGAAUAUCAUCCCUCAGAGAGAAGUUAGGUAUAGCAGUUACAAAGGGGAAAGGCCUUAUUUCGCAACGGGAGAGUCUCAAGCAAUCGUUGGCUGAAAUGUCCAAGGAACUGAAGAAAUGUUCCCAAGAAUUACUUUCUAAAGAUGAGAGGCUUCAUGAACUCGAAACAAAUGUAAAAGUCUACUCUGAGGCAGGUGAGCGCAUGGAAGCCCUGGAAUCUGAGCUCUCAUACAUUCGCAACUCAGCUACUGCACUAAGAGAGUCAUUUCUGCUUAAGGAUUCUGUCUUACUGAGAAUAGAAGAGAUUCUAAACGAUUUAGAGCUUCCAGAGAACUUCCACUCCAAAGAUAUAAUUGAAAAGAUUGACUGGUUAGCAAAAAUAGUUGGAAGUCACUCCUUGCCUCUUGGUGAAUGGGAUCACAGAAGCUCAGCUGAGGGAGGUUCAUAUUCUGAUGCUGGAUUUGGGGGUUCAGAUGGCUUGAAAGAAGAUAUGCAGCCAAUCCCUACUUCUGCUGAGGACUUAAGGAGAAGAUAUGAAGAACUACAAAACAGAUUUUACGGGUUAGCUGAGCAAAAUGAGAUGCUUGAACAGUCACUAAUGGAAAGGAACAACCUUGUGCAGCGAUGGGAAGAGAUUUUGGACAGAGUUGAUAUGCCAUCUCAUCUGCGAUCUGUGGAGUCUGAUGAUAAGAUUCAGUGGUUGGGAAAUGCUCUAUCAGAGGCACAAAACCACUCUUAUUCUCUCCAGCAGAAGAUUGAUAACUUGGAGACCUUUUGUGGAUCCCUCAGUGCUGAUGUGGAAGAUUCAAAAAGAAGAGCAGCUGAGCUUGAGACAGCCUUCCAUCAGGCUUGUGCAGAAAAAGAAAUCCUAGCAAAGGACUUGGAGAUGCUGAGACAAGAUAGUGAUGAAAGCAUAAAAAGAAUAGCUGAUUUUUCUCUUAGAAAUGAGAAUCUCCAAAAUGAAUCAAGUUUGUUACAAGCACAGAAACUUCACUUGGAGGAAUAUAAGGAUCGUAUUGAGGGUGCAAUUAGAAGACUAAAGGAAAUAGUUAAUGAUGCUCUUCAGGAUUCUUGUCCUGAAGAUGUGGAACUUGAUCGGGAGGGGGUUGAAUAUUUCGAAGAAAUGUUAAGGAAACUUGUAGAGAAACAUAAGACACUAUUAUCUGAGAAGCUUGUUAGUGUAGAUUCAACUGAUGUGCAUGCCACUGGAAAGGGGGAGCUGUCAAACACAUCCAGAGAUUUUGAAGAGCCAGAUGUCUCGACUCUGAGCAAAAAACUAGAUGAAUGUAUGGGUGAACUAAUGAGCUUGAAGGAGGAGAAAGAUAGAUACAUGCAGACCAAUCAAUCCCUAGUCUGUGAGUUAGAGGGGCUGGAAGUAAAAAAGAAAGAAUUGGAAGAACUACUUAAUCAGGAAGAGCGUAAAUCAGCUUCUUUGAGAGAGAAGCUUAAUGUUGCUGUUAGGAAAGGGAAGUCCUUGGUGCAACAGCGAGAUGUCAUGAAGCAAUCAAUCGAAGAACUAAAUGCUGAGGUUGAGCGCCUCAAGUCUGAGACCAAGGACACUGAAAAAACUAUUUCUGAAUAUGAGGAACAGAUCAAGAACUUGUUUGCUGCCCGUGACAGGAUACAAGAAGCGGAAUCUGAAAAUAGUUUCCUCAGGGAUCGCAUGGCAGAAACUGAACGCUAUAUGCAGGAGAAAGAGCGUAGCUGGAGCAGUAUUUUGAAUGCUUUGGGUGAAAUAAAUGUUGGUAUUGAAUUUCAUUCUGUAAAUCCAGUUGAGAGGAUAAAGGAAAUAGGCAAGCUUGUGCAUGAUCUACAUGGUCAAAUGGAUUCCCUUGAACAGGAAUCAAGAAAAUCUAAAAGAGCAGCUGAACUGCUACUUGCUGAGCUGAAUGAAGUUCAGGAAAGAAAUGAUGGCCUUCAAGAUGAGCUAGCAAAAGUUGUUAAUGAACUUUCAGAAGUUUCCAGGGAAAAAGAUCUAGCUGAAAAUGCAAAACAUGAAGCUAUUGCACAUUUCGAAAAGCUAUCUUACUUACAAUCAGAAGAAAAGGAGAGGCAGAUGUCUGAAAUUACGGUUUUAAAAUCUGGUGUGGACAACAUGAAAAAUGAUCUUUCUUCAAUUGACAGAGAUCUGGGGGAUGUUCUAUCUAAAGAUUUGGAAGUUCUGUACAACGUGAAGGCUACUAUGAAAUCAUUUUUUGAUUUUGAUGGCUUUCCUGCUCUGGGUGCUCUAUUUCCUGCUAGCUUACCUGGGGGCACAUUGUCAGCAAAAUCAGAGAACAAGGUUUUUAUGACCCAUAUUGAUUCUAUCCGGGAGAGAAUUCAUGAUCAUUCACGUUUAUUACAAGAAGAAUCAUUUCAGUUAUCUGAAAUCAUCAUGAGUGUCCGUAGAGAAUAUGCUUCUGAGAAGGAGUUCUAUGAAUCUGUAAAGAGAGAUGCUGAUCAUUUGCAAUCAAUUGACAAAGAGAAGGAGUCAAGAUUGCAUAUCUUGCAAGGGAAUAUUUCAUUGUUGUUUGAAAGCUGUGCUAGUGCAAUUUCAAGACUUGAAAAUUGGGAGGAACAUAUGGUUGAAAAUUCAUUGGCAUCUAGAUCUCCACUGAGGAACUUGAAUUCUCAAAAUCAAAUUGCAGUAAAUAUUUCCAUUGGCGAUGCUCGUAUCUUCAAUGAGGAAAUAGUUAGGAGCAUGUGUGACAAACUAUCACUGGUUGUGGGGGAUUCCAUAAGCAUGCAUACUAAUGAGUUGGCCAAAGUGAUGGAAGUUGGGCAGAGUGAGAUGAAGAGUACCAUAAUGAAUUUACAGAAUGAACUUCAAGAGAAGGACAUCCAGAGAGAGAAAGUUUGCAAGGAACUUGUUGAUCAGAUAAAGGAAGCCGAAACUACUGCAAAGAAUCAUCUACUUGACCUUCAGCAAGCAAGGAUAGAGCUAGAUGAUACACGGAGACAGUUGGAUGCAAUGGGUGAGGAGCAUAAGUUGUUGGAACACAGAUUGAAAGAACUCCAAGUUAAUGAAACUAAUGCAACAGAUUUGCAGCUGAAAGUUAACUCACUGACAGAUGAAUUAGCUGCAAAAGUACAAGAAUGUGAGGCGCUGAUGCACGCCCUUGAUGAAGAGGAGACGGAAAUGGAAAACCUUGCAAACAAGAUUGCGGGGUUUGAAAAUGAGUUGCAUCAAAGGAACAAAGACUUGGAGAACCUUGAAGCUUCCCGUGCUAAAGCUUUAAAGAAGCUUUCUGUUACCGUGAGCAAGUUUGAUGAAGUUCAUUAUCUCUCUGAAAAUCUCCUAUCUGAGGUUGAGAAACUCCAAUCCCAGCUGCAAGAUAAAGAGGGAGAGAUUUCUUUUCUUAGGCAAGAGGUUACUAGGUGCACUAAUGAUGCACUGGCUGUUACACAAAUGAACAAGAAGAGUUCUGAUGAGAUUCGGGAGUUGCUUGCUUGGCUUGAUUCCUCGAUAUCUCAUUUACUGGUCAAUGAUGUGACUAUUGAUUAUUCGAAUCAUUUGGUCGAGGAAUGUAAAGAGGUAUUACAGAAGAAAAUUUUAAACUUGAUAUCUGAAUUGGAGAAUCUUCGUGUGACGACCCAGAACAGAGAUAUACUGUUGCAAGAAGAGAGAGCUAAAGUGGAUGAACUAACACAGAAAGAACAGCAUCUGAAGAACUCAUUGCGUGAAAUGGAAUCUCAAAUAGUUAUGCUUCAAGGUGCUGGAGAUUCUGAUAAAGCUACAAUGUCUUCUUCAGAGAUUGUGGAGGUUGAGCCUAAGGCAAACAAAUGGACGUCUAGUGGGACCAUUGCUACGCAAGUUCGCAGUUUGCGGAAACCAAAUAAUGAUCAAGUUGCUGUUGCAAUAGAUAUGGAUGACAGUAGUCAGGGGCUGGAGGAUGAUGAUGACGAUAAAGCUCAUGGCUUUAAGUCGCUGACCACAUCAAAAAUUGUCCCGAGAUUUACAAGACCUGUCUCAAACUUGGUUGAUGGAUUAUGGAUGUCCUGUGACCGAGCCCUAAUGCGACAACCUGCUUUACGUCUUGGUCUAAUCCUGUAUUGGGCUGUGUUGCAUGCCAUGCUUGCUACUUUAGUAGUCUGAGAAUCUAAACAACUGUCCUGCAGGUCUCUGAUGAUUCUAGGUUUGACAUCACAGCUUCAGGUGUGGCUGAGAUAGGUUUAUAAGCUCUCAUAUGUAUAGUCAUAUAUAGAUCGAUCGUUCUUUCAUCAUUCAUGGACCAGUGAACUGUGAUUUCCUCACUUUUAGAACACAGAAUCACAGAUGGCUUGGUGUUUGUUCAAUAAGAGGAGAAGUUUUAAAUAGGAGGACGUGAAUACAUAGUGGAGAAGUAGUUGAUUAUAGUUGACACAAUUUAUUCUCCUGUUUUUAGUUGUAGCUUGACUAGCAAAUGUGCCCUUGGUUUUGUUCAUUCUCUCUGUGGAAUUGGGAUUUUGUUGUAUGAUGAUUGAUGAUGCAUCACCCAUAUAUUAUUGCUCUA